AGAUCCAGAAGCUAUAAAAAACAGAAGGGAUUGGACUGGAAGAGUGAUGAACAGUCUGUCACACUUCAGCCCGAUGGAACUCACUUAUGACAACAGCGAGAAUAAAAACAGAAAGUGAAAGUGAAAACAAAGCUUGUAAACCCUAGGUGCUAACCUGUAAAUACUCGCGGAGCUGGUGUUCAUCUAAACAGAACAAAAUCAAUACACGAUAAUCGAUUAAUUCAGCGCGAGACGUCUGCAGACGGGAUGGACACGCGGACAGACGCUUCCGCUCACGGGAGUAAAACGAAUGAGAAACCGCCUGUUCACAGAAUGAGGAGUCCUUCGCGGAACACUCGCCCUUAUCGACCAAGGUUUGGGGGGAAAUACUUUCGUCCACGGUUUUUCAGGACUGUGGAUAAGCGUUUUUUGCGACAUCCAGGUGUUGUGUUGAAGUAUCAGAGGUAUCACGCGGGCCAGCGCUCCAGACUUCAGCCGAGCAGAGAGCACAGCCCAAAACAACUGCUGAAGCUCAGAGCCUCGUCCUCAUCCAGUCAGCAGUCUAACAGAGACAAGAGCUCUUCCACAGCGGCCAGAGAACACAGUGAACACACCAGCACAGACAUUCCUUGGCUCUCCGCUGCAGACAGACCAUCACUGUCAUUCACUGUGCCACAGGAAGGUCAAGCCUGCAGCAAAAGAGACGCUUUCUCAUCUGUGACAUGUGCUAUGGCCAGACACAGAGCCAUACAGAGAAAACGGGAGCAGAUAGAGGAGGUGUAUCGGCAGGACUGUGAUACAUUUGGAGUGGUUGUGAAGAAGUUGGUGGCUAAGGAUCCAUCCUUGGAGAGGCCAAUUCAGGUGUCUCUGCGUGAAAACUUGAGGGACAUUGGCUUGCGUUGCGUCGAGGCCAUGGAGCAAUUUAUUCAUGAGUAUGACUCCUGAGAGCCACACAAUCCAUCCCCCUCACAACUACACACCAUCAAGUGAUGAGUGUAGACCUUUUAAGGACUUUGGGUUCACUUCACUGUCAUGUGUGUUAGAUCAGUAACUUUGCAGGAAAGUAGAUCUCCAGGAGACAUAUUGAAAGCUUCAAAGGAUUGCGUCAGCAAUUUAAAAAAAGAAAAAUAAACAGCCUUUUAAGCUAAUAGGUAUAAUCAACACUGUAAGUAGUUGAAGGUAUAAAUAGAUCUUUAAUUGUCUAGCCUGUAAUAUCAGAUAUUCUCAUAAUUGGAAAUAAUGUCUAGCGUGAUUUAUGUUGUGUUUUUACUUUUAUUUUGAUCUUUUUUUUUUUUCAUUAGUAAUUUGCACAUGUUGUGUUAUGAGAGCAUAAUUUAAAACAUCUCUUGAAUUCUGAGGAGUUUAACAUUUUGUAGUGCUGAUGCUGAGUUUUAUUGCUCAGAUUUUCUCACGAUGUCAUUAACAUAUUUUAAAAUACAUUGAAAUUCAAGCUAAAAAUGUAAAACAAGAAAAAUGGAUAAUGUGAACUCAUCUUAUUUAAUUAAAUUACAGCAUGUUUAAUUUUAAUAUUAUUAAAUGGUUACACUUUAUAAUGAUUUGCAUAAAUAUUAAUAUUAUUGCAUUAUAUAAUGCAUAACUGAACAUAUUUAUGUUUAAAUGUGCAUCACCUACCGAUCAGUUAUGCAUUACAGUACAUCAUAUUUGUUAAUGACAUAUUAAAAGAAGAUAUGUUUCCUAAAACAUACUAUAAUGUGUAAAAUGAUAUGACUGUAAAUGUAUUUAUUUCUGCUUAUAGGUAGACAUUACCAUUUUUACAAAGAAUUAUUUCUUUUAAAAGUUGCAGCAAACCUAUUAUGUAUAGCAUAUUAUGAUGUUAACAAACUUAAAGGAUUAGUUCACCCAAAAAUGAAAAUUCAGUCAUUGUUUUCUCACCCCUGUUUUGUUAUAACCCUAUAUGACUUUCUUUUUCUUAACACAAAGGGAGAAAUUGUGAAAAAAAUAAAAUAAAAUGUGCUCAGUGAUGU